ACAAAAUAGACGAGCGGGGAAUGAGACAUAGCCUUCAGAUUACCUCGGACAUGGCUGACGGGAAGGGAACUUUGUUUUGAUUCCUCGUUUGCACCUGGAGUCGACAGUUCCCAGAGAUAAUAAUGUCCUGACCAGAGUGUGUGGAGUGAGUGCAGUGUGCCAAGAGGAUGGGCAGCAAACACAGCUGUUGUGUGUACCCGGGAGGCCGCAGUUCUGGCCGCCCCGCCUCCAGCCAGAAGGUACACAAGGGAGGGGGAGGGUCUGGGGGGGAGGCGCACCAGGAGGACGCCUCAGAGGAGCACAUGUGUAAUCUUCAGCACAUAAGUGAGAGAGAACCAGAUGACCUAGACCAAGACCCCAGCCUCCACCCCUCAGCGGGACCCCUCUUCCUCUUAAAGUCCAGACACGUCAUUGAGAAUGGACUCGUUAGAAGAAGAAGCAGAAGUCAUCUGGACGAUAGCCGCACCCUUAAGAAAUCGUCGUCGUGCUCCACCAUCUACCUUGACGACUCCACGGUGUCGCAGCCCAACCUGAAGAACACCAUCAAGUGCGUGGCGUUGGCUAUCUACUACCACAUACGUAACCGAACCGACAAUCGUUUGCUGGAUAUCUUUGACGAGAAGCUGCAUCCUCUUACGAAGGAUGGUGUGCCUCUGGACUACGACCGCCACAACCCGGAGCACAGGCACAUCUAUAAGUUUGUGCGGACGCUCUUCAAUGCGGCACAGCUCACCGCGGAGUGUGCCAUCAUCACCCUCGUCUAUUUGGAAAGACUGCUGACGUACGCAGACAUCGACAUGACGCCAGGCACUUGGAAAAGAAUUGUUCUGGGUGCCAUUAUUCUCGCCAGCAAGGUGUGGGAUGACCAGGCUGUGUGGAAUGUGGACUACUGCCAGAUCCUCAAGGACAUUUCUGUGGAUGAUAUGAAUGAGCUGGAGCGGCAGUACCUGGUGAUGAUCCAGUUCAACAUCAACGUGCCGUCGUCGGUGUACGCCAAAUACUACUUCAGCCUGCGCACGCUGGCGGAGGCCAACGACCUCACCUUCCCGGCGGAGACGCUGAGCAAGGAGCGCGCGCAGAAGCUGGAGGCCAUGUCCCGGCUGUGCGAGGACAAGUACACGGCCCAGCUGGGGCGCAACGGACACAAGAAGUGGAGCAGCCUGGACAACAUCCACGCCGCCUCGCGCCGCUCCGUGGCCAUCCUCUCGUGAUGCCGGCGUGGCGUCCGUGGCGGCGGCCGUCGCCUCGCCCGCGUCUGUGGUGCCAAAGAACUGCCUGUGACUCGUUGCAGAGACGCCCGUUACCUCAGACUGCAGUGUGCCCCGGGGACUCUGAGCGGAGCCGCGCGGCGCCGCCCGGCGGGGAACUCUUUUGUACGGUGCGUGUGGCCGCCAUUUUUAUACCUGACUAGUGCGUGUGUGCAGGACGGAUGCGGCCGCUGGUGGUGGUGCGCUGCGGCGAGGAACUAAGCUGUGAUUGGCUGUUGUCUCCGUGACCUGCCCUGUGCAGUGUGUGGCGCGACACAGCACGGCACGGCACAGCACGGCACUAGAGGGCUUUGCUGCUCAUCCUUCAUCCCUUCCUGGUGACGGUGGUGAUGGCCACACACACACACACACACACACACACACACACACACACACACACACACACACACACACACACACACACACACACACACACACACACACACACACACCAGCUUCCUUGUACACAUCCCUGCCAUGUGAGGCCAAGAGGGAGCAUCUGGCUGGGCUCUGAGGGCUUGGCCAGGGCCACCACACACUCCAGGCUGCCUGGCACCCUUGGCCAUGGCGCGCAUGUGUGUGUGUGAGUGUGUGUGUGUGUCCAUGCGUGCGUUUGUGUGUGCAUUGAUCAAUUUUGUAGUUUCCGAAGGUUUUGAUAUGGCCUGAAAUUUUGUAUGAUAUUUUUCCCUCCUCCUCUCCCUCUCCCCUUCCCCUCUCCCCUUCCCUCCCCAUAGUGGUGGAGAGUGAGCCCAUCACUCACUAUAGCAAUAAUGAUGGUGAUUUAGAAGACGCUGCUGGUCACCAUUGCCAUCAUCACCCUCGUCCUCAUCAUUCUCCUUCUCCAUCUCCUCAUGAGCGGUUUUUUCCAUUAUUCCUUUGACCACGAGAACAAGAAGACUUACACACACACACACACACACACACACACACACACACACACACACACACACACACACACACACACACACACACACACACACACACACAGACAGACAAAGACCAUUUCUUCUUUGUUUACUAUUUGCAGUGUUUCUCCAAGGUUCUGUUAAGGUAAUGCCAUCAGUUUGUCCGUCUAUCCAUCUGUCUUGUUUUUUCUAACCCAGCACUGAUAGUUUAUAGACUCAUUUAAAUUGCACAUUACCAUAAACUCCUUGGUAUAGCUCUCAAUAACCAUAUAAUAUGCGUAUUUUGUAAUUUUUUAUUUAUUUAUUUUUUUGAGGCCCAGAACGUGUGAUAUGAACGGCAGACAGAUAGGUGACCCGCAUUCCUGACCCGACACGACCUCGCUUGAUGAUUUGAGGACCAAUGACCUUUACGAUAACCUCACGUGUCAAAAUGCACUCAGGAACAUCAGCUAUUUAUAAACGAGGUCUUUAAUUAUGGUUAUGGAAGGCACCAGCGAACACUGCCUUCAUUCUCAUACGUAGCUGACUAAACACCUUUAUUUACCCACCUGUGUUUGCAUCUGUUCCCUCCCCUUGUGUCGGCUGUCCACGCAAGGCAGGCAUUUGUUUUGUUUGUGCUGCUUUUCUGCCUGUGUUUACGUAUUGCCAGCUUUCAUUUGUUUUGCGUUGCCUCGUGCUGUGCGGCUUCAGCUGUGAUGGGAACGCACUGACUUGCGCUGCUGAAUGGUCGUAUAUCUUGGUUCCGUCGAAGGGAGUCAUCGUUUCCUGCUUCGUUUUGCUUUGUUGUUUGAGCGUCCACGCCCGGAUGGCUUCUGGAUGGUUUGUCUUGGCAGCAGUCCAUCCGUUCCCCUCUUGCGUCUCAGUUUUAUUCCGUAGGUCGUCAACAUUCCAUCCCAAAAGGUACUCGAGUAGUGAUUGGUGCGUUGGUAGUGUCCUCUUAGGUAGUACAGACCUGGCCCUUGGUUACCCACACACGUUUGCCAACCUCGUUUUGUUCUGUGUUUUUUCCCUUGUGUAUUCUACUCGUUUUCCUGGUCUGUAGGUGAGGAACGUCCCACACACUCCUUGGUUUGACAUCCCUUGUUUUUGGUUUGCUCGGUUCGGUGACUUUCCCAGUUCGGUUUUCGGUUUGUUUCUCGUGUCUUGGUUCAGAACACCCCUUUAGUUGGUGCCCCCUUCCCUCGUGUUCAUUGAGUGAGCAGUGUGGUGGUGCUGUGUUCCAGGGGCAGUUCAUUAUUUGUAUUCUAUUGAGCAGAAUCUUGGGCGCUGUAAGGCAUGAUCUAUGACAGCAGUAUUUCUCUUGAGUGGAAUCUAGUGCGUGUGUGUGUGUGUGAAAACUCCAGGCUGUUAUUUAGUUGAUCAUAGAGUCACUGAGGGCGUGAAUUCCAAACACACAUAACCACAGGAUAGCAAAAAAAAACAGGGAAAUGAUUAACUGGGGCCAGCUUACCCACACAAGGCAGGUUAGCAUGGGUGAGGCAGGGAGGUGACAAGUGACAGCUCUGCAUUGCUUGGCUGUGGUUGUGGCAAGGACUGUGAUAGAAUGACAGCACUGGGAAGACAAGAGAGAGGUCACCUAUAGGAAGAAUCUGGGUGUUUGUUGUUAUUUAAAGUGUGUCAGGGUCUCAGUUUGGGUGUGUAUCAUUACUGGGAGUGUGUGUGUGUGUGUGUGUACAGGAUGUGAACUAGAACAAUUGCAGGAAAGGACAGGAAGGGGACAUAGUAACUCAUCUUUAUUCCUGCGGAGUGGGCUAUGCAAUGUACAGAUGGGUGGUAUGAUCAGACACACACACAGAGUAGCUAUGACAUAUGCAGUUCUUUCUUUUUUUUAACCUCCCUGGUGACUUGUGGUAUCUGUAGCUAUGCAGGGGACAGGAGUAGGUUGUGUAAGGCCUUAAAAUUCCUCAACUCAAGACCGAGAGAGGAGAUAGAGAGUAUAAGCGAAAUAAACCUGACUUUUCAUACUGUCAUCUGGGAUUUACAGUUACGGGAGAUAGAGAGUAUAAGCGAAAUAAACGUGACUUUUCAUAUGUUCUUCCAAGACUGAGAGAGGAAAUAGUAUAAACGAAAUAAACCAGACUUUUCAUACUCUCUUACAGGGUUGAGAGAGGAGAUAAGAGAGAGUAUAAGCGAAAUAAAUGUGACUUUUUGUACUCUCUUAUGGUUUUCAUAGUUACGCUGUUUAAGAUCAGAGAGAGAAAAUGUAAAUAAAUAAAACAAUGCCUAUAUUUCAUUUGAUAUUUAUUGAACUGAGGACGGCAAGUAGAACCAACUUACACACCUGCAAACGUACGACUCUUUCUUCAGAUUUGGAUGCCGUAGUUGUGUGCAGGUGUGGCGAAUUACUAGGCAGGUGUGGAGGUCUCUGUGGCAGGUGUGUGGUGUUAGUGUAGGCAGGAGUGGGUGUGUAUGAAUGUAUGUUUAUAGGUAUUUUCUCAUUGGGUAGGUGGUGGUGGUGGUGGUGGUGGGUUGUGGUGGUGGUGUGGUAGGGGAACACACACACACACACACACACACACACACACACACACACACACACACACACACACACACACACACACACACACACACACACACACACAGAGGAUCACAAGUAUAUUUCAGGUCCUGUAUAUUAUAUCUACGUACACACACACACACACACACACACACACACACACACACACACACACACACACACACACACACACAAGGAAGAACCAGUGUCAACAUAUGCACAGCUCUUAAUGUAAAUACACUGCCCCGUUCAUACAAUAUACAUACACUAGAACCAUUGUGUAUAUAGAUGCACAUGUAUACAUACAACUAUACAUAGACCCAUCAUUGUACAAAAGAUACACAAACACACACAAACACACACACGAACACUUCAUUUUCACAAGCACAUAACUCUCGGAAGCAGCAUCAGUUGUCUCGGCAGAAUAUGAGAACUACUGGUGUUGUGAGAGCCUUUCAAUACCCAUGGUUUGGUGUUUGAGAAAUACACACUUUAGUAUUCAUGGGUGUCAGUGGCUUAACGUGGGAGGGUGUCAGCAUCACUUAUUACAGCUUAUUGGGGUGUUCUGCAGUGUUCUGGAGGUGUUUGGGUUAAGUUGUGGGGGUGUUCUGUUUGGUCAAGGUGUGGCUGAUGAGAUAUCUCUGCCCAGGUGUGUUGGGUUGGGUGUACGGCAGGUUCUGUGGGAUUUUGUGGAGUUUGGAAGGUGUGAGGUGGAGGGUUUGGUCUGGUGUGGGUUGCUGGUAUGGAAGACGCACAUUCAGGUUAAAGAUUCUGAGGAAGUUAUGAAUUGGAAAGUGGAAUAAUUUUAAACACACACACACUAAGUUGAAAAUUGUAAUGGAGUUAUGAGAGGAAAGUGAAGUUUAUAUGAAAGACAUGCACUUGAGGUUAAAGAUUCUGAGGUAGUUAUGAAUUGGAAAGUGAGAUCAUUGAGUUUAUUUGAAAAUUGUAUUAAAGUUAUGAGAGGAGAGUAAAGUUUAUGUGAAAGAUGCACACUUAAGGCUAAAGAUUCUUAGGAAAUUACAAAUUGGAAAGUGAAAUCAAAUUGUUUAUAUUGAAGACACUUAAGUUGAAAAUUGAGGUGAUGUGUUUGAAAGGUAGAUCUUGUGGUAUUUAAUUUUAUGUGACAUGCAGUUGUUGAUAUUGAAGACACACACUUAAGUUGAUAAUUGAGAUGUGUUUGAAAGGUAGAUCUUGUGGUAUUAGUUAUUUUUAUGUGACACGCAGAAGUUGAGCAUUGUGAAGAGGAAGCCGUGAGUGUGAAAGUGAUCUGCGGUGCUGGUGCUUCACUUGAAAGCCACACACUAGUUGAAAAUUAUGAGAUUCAGUUAUAAAGUUUGACCAGGUGUUUUAGUCAUUCUUAACCAACAUACAAACACACACUAGUUGAAAAUUGUGAUGAGAUUGAGUUACAAAAUUUGAUCUAGUGUUUAAAUCAUUAUCAAGCAACACACACAUAAGCUGAAAAUUGAGCUACAGUGUUUGACCAGACAUUAGUCAUUCAGAAGCAACACACACACACAAGAUAAAUAUUGUGAUGAAGUGCAAGUUACAAGGUUCGAUCAAGUGUUGCAGUAGUUAUUUUGCAACACACAUAAACUGAAAAUUCUAAUGAUGAAAUACAAGUUGAUUAGAUCAUGUGUCGUGUAUAUUACAAGGAAAAGAAAAAAAAUAUGCGGUUUUAAGUGUUUCUGUGUGUGUGUGUGUGUGUGUGUGUGACUGAAUGGGCUCCUCUUGUGUUCCUGUUUGAAGUGAUGUGUGUAAGCAUUGGAAGUUAUGAGCGGUACUGGAGAAAUGAAGAAAAAAGAUAUGCAUUUCUAAGUUUUUUUGCAUCAGUUUGUGUGACUUUUACCAAGCUCUUAAAAUUGCGUUCCUUCUGUUCUUAAGGGCUUUGUGUGAAAGCAGUGGAAAUUCUGAAGUGGCCGAGAAAUGGAAACAAUGUGCAUUCUAAAGUGUUUUUGCGUCUCAGUUUGUGAUUUUUUACCUGGCUCUUCAAAUUGUGUUCCUUCGAUACCAACCUUGUUCUUUCUAUUAGUGCCGUGUGUGGGAGCAGAGGAGGUUAUGAAAAGUGUCCAAGAAAUUAGGAAAAAGAUAUGCAUUCUUGUUUCUGCAUCUCAUCUGUGCGGUUCUUGAAAUUACGUUCCUCUGAUAGCAACCUUGUUCUUCCUAUUAGUGCCGUGUGUGGAAGCAGAGGAGGUUAUGAAAAGUGUCCAAGAAAUUAAAAAGAUAUGCAUUCUUGUUUCUGCACCUCAUCCGUGCGGUUAUUGAAAUUACGUUCCUUCGAUACGGUUUCUGCUCCUUUGGGUGUUAGCGCUGUGUGUUGAAGCAGUGGAAGUUACGAAAAAUGUCCGAGAAGUAAGGAAAAAAAAUGUGCAUUCUUGUGUUUUUUGCGUCUCGAUUUGUGUGACGUUUAUCAGGCUCUAGAAAAAUGUGUUCCUUUGAUACUUUGCUCCUUCAUUUCAUAACACCUUGUAUGCGUUUGUGUUGCCCUUGUACGGACGCAGUGUGUGAGGUGAAUAGAUGACGACCAAGAGCAGCAGUGAAAUUGAUGUGAUAGUAAUGUAAUGCUUCAAAAGAGAACAGAAUGUAAAUUGAGGAGAUAAGGACAUGAUCGACAGUUUAGCGGUGGAAUUGAAGUGACAACACCACCACACAUCUCAAAACAAAAACAAGAUAAACUGAACAAAUAACACGACCAACAUUAGCAGUGACAUUGAAGUGACAGCAACACACAGAAGCAGACAGGGCGUAGAUGACAUGACCAACAAUAACAGCAACAUUUCAACAACACACCACACACGAAAAACAAAACAAAAAAAACAAUAUAGAAAACAUGACCUUACAUUGAAGCACCAGUAAAACCAAACAUGCCAAAACAAAACCAAAAGAAACAAAGGAACACAACACAAGCAACACAAACUUAACACUCAAACACACAUAUUAUUUUUAUUACCCCCAGUUGAAGCUAUUAAUCAACAUGUAACACCUGGGAGGAAGAGACAGGCAGCUUGUGUACUAACCUAUUGUAAACCCUAGCAUGUGUCCAGCCUUGAGUACGUGUAAGGGUGUGGAUGGCCAGUUAUUCGGCCCUGUUCCCUCUCAGUGACUGGCUUGAGUUUUGUCGGUUGAUUUGAAGGUGCUGGGUCGUGUAGAGAUAAUUGUUUUGGUGGGAAUUUAAGAGAGAAGUGAAUGUUUUGCUAUGAAUGUUUUAAUUUUUGCCAUACAGUUAAUGCACAGACAAAUAAGUUAAUGUUUUAGGAAUACAAGAUUAGUUUGUCGUACAGUAAAUACACAGACCAGUUUAUUUAUUCUUAUUAUUAAUCUAUCUGUAUACCAGGCUGGCAAUCCCACACAGGGUGGUCCAGACAAAACACCACACACACACACACACACACACACAGUCAUUCACUCUCUCAUCCCCGUCAGCCCCUGGUGGAAAGGGACAGGAGGUUAGGCACACCACAGACAGACAAAUACAGAUACAAAUACAAUACUAGGAAAAAAUAUAACAAUUUACUCUACGUUUAAUACACAGACCAGUUUAUUUAUUCCUACCAGAACUGUUAUUAGUACGACAGUGCAUAGUAAACACACAAACAUGCGUAUUGGUCAAGCAGCAACACAAGGAUAGUUUCCCACAUGUUUUGAGUCACAGGAACACUCAGGCCAGUCAGAGAGAGAGAGCAACACCCACCAAGAACUGUACCUUACCAACACCCUUGCCCUGUAUUCUGAAAUAUCUCUGUGCUGCAUCUCCACUACAUUCAGAAGGCUCUAGUUGAAGUUACACGGGUUUUUAAGGGUGUUUCUAUGGUUCCAGUGAUGGAUUGAUGAUGUUUCUACAUUGCUAAUGGGAGAAACUCUUUGAAAACCUGGCUAAUCAUCUAUGGCCUUUGAAAAUAGUCACAGUGAAGUUAUCUAGGUUUUUUAAGGGUGUUUUUAUGGUUCUAGUGACAGAUUAAUGACAUUUCUACAUUAUUAACACACUUUGAAAACCCAGGUAAUUUUCCUUGUUGGCUUUGAAAAUAAUGAUGGCAAGAGAGCAGAGCAUUUCAGAAUACAAGCAUUGGUGUGGCUGGAACACUGCACCGGUGAGAGGCGACCCCAGUGAUAACCAGUGUAUAAGAUCUCAUGUUGCGUGGGACCAAGAGAAAGAGAGCAGUGAAGGGAGACCUGCCAGCACGUACAGCCCGACCUCAGUUCGUCUUGGUGGCUGCUCUGAGUCUGUGUGUGACCAUGUGCUAAGUGUGAGGAGGUGUGGGUAGACUGAUAAGUGUAAGGAGAGACUAACGUUGGCUCUGGUCAUGUAAUGGGUGUGUGGGGAAGGGUUUGGGUAGGUUAAUGUAGUGUAAGGAAGGUGUGCAAAGGUUAGUAUUUGAUGAGAUGUGUGGAUAGGCUGAUGCAAAGGUUAACACUGGCUAUCAUUUGUAUUACCAUUGGGUGUGGAUGAGUGACUGAGGUGAAGAUCAACACCAUCUAUUGUUCCCACUAGUGUUAGGUGUGUGACAGAUACAAGGGGUGACGUAUGAUAGGUUAGCACGGUGGCCAGCUUGUUGAGUCAAGUACCGUGAUCAUGCAAAGUAACACAACAGUACAGUCUCUAUCAUGUAACGAGCGGUGCUGCGUCAGUCAUUAACACACACCGAGAGGACACACAUGAGCAGUCACCACCACCACCACAACAGAUGACUGUGUUUUACGGUUGGUGCGGCGUGCUGGCGGGGAGGCGUUUGCGUUUGAGAUCAGUGUACGAGAAUUGAGUGUGGGACUUCUGACGCUGAGAGGUUGGCCGUGUGUCGCAGUGGUGCCAGAAUGUGUAGCUGUGUUGAGGCAUGGAAGAACACCCCAGCAUCUUAUUUGGCAGAGGAAACAGUGUAUUUUCAAGGUGUAGCUGUGUUGAGGCGUUGAAGAACACCGUGGCAGAGGAAACAGUGUAUCUUUAGGAUGUAGCUGUGUUGAGGCGUCACGAAUGAACACACCGUUGCAUCUCACCCUGGCAGAGGAAGCAGCCUAUUUUCAAAGUGUGUCCGUGUUGCGGCAUCAAUCAACACAGCUGCACCUCACCCAGGCAGACAAAAUGAUGUGUAUUUUCUGGUGACUUGGGUUCAUUUUGUUACAUACGCUGUUACAAUCAUCUGUUUUCUCUCCACCAAACUGAAUCUGUCUCGUAAACAUCCCAAGCUCUUCAUCUGAGUGGCUUCCCUUGUGAUCUUUCGAUAAGACUCUCUGGGGUGGAGUCAAAGGGGCUCCAUUCUGAAACACCUCUGCACCACAUGACUACUUUCCAAAGGCUCUUAUUGAAGUUACGCAGGUUUUUCAGGGUGUUUUUACAGUUCUAGUGACAGAUUGACAAGGUUUCUAUAUAAAUAAUAGAAGCACCCUUGAGAACCUGGCUAAUCAUGUGUGGCCCUGGAAAGUUGUUGUGAUGGGAGCGAAGGAUUUCCGAACGUGGCCCUGAAAGCGUAGAGGUGCAGGUUACGUAGCCCCAUGUUCUGGUGUCGCUGCGAGGGACGGCUGUACUGUAACAUACUUGCCAUAUAAAUAUAUAUAUAUACAGGUUACCUUUCAUGAUUAUAUUAUAGUUAGUUUAUAUCCAAGAUUAGAACUGUUUGUUACUCAUUCACUUCAUCCCCGACGACAAACCCAUCACUUGUUUAUACGCAGUAAUGAUCUUAUUGUUACAUAUCUCGUUCUCCUUUUCUAAACAAAAUGAAUUAGGCUCUACUAUGCUUUUUAACACGAUGUAUUGGACAGUAACUUCUCCAUAACUACUACUAGUCAAACGCCCAAUUUUUAUCUAAAAGAACUGUAUGUUUGUAAAGUGGCCAAAUGACUAUAUUAAAGCUUACUUAACA